UCAAGAUCACUCAAUUCAUAGACAUUCAUUUGUUAACUAAUAUCCAGUCUGUUAAUUGGCCUGCAUUUAUAAAUGGGUAACCCAAUCAACAUGCAGUCCCCAAUUGCAAGUUAGUUCCCCGAACAAAUUAGUUCCUAGGCUCCUUAAUCUACGACUCCAGUGGUUUAGUCUUCAUGUCUUUCGGUGCCUCUUCUCCAGCAUGUCUCCUAACCUUCCUAUACGGAGUGAAAUGCAAGAAGUUGGAAGAUUCAACGAAGCUCUGUGAUGGAGAUCACUUGGCAGUUCAAUCCCAGGAAGGAGGCAUUUGGCACCACGGAAUUUACAGCGAUGGCAAAGUCUAUCAUUUCACAGGAUACGACAAAAGUCAGGCAACGAUAUUUCUAGAUUCUUUCAUGGAUUUCGUUGCAGGGCGUAUUGCCACUUUCAUUUUCUGCUACCCACAAGAUAGAUGUCUUCCACCGAACGAUGUGGUUGCCAAAGCGAGGCAGAUGUUUACUACAAAGAAAUGGCCAGAAUACUCACUUCUGUGGAAUAACUGCGAGCAUUUUGCUACGUACUGCAAGACUGGAAAGGGAUAUUCUAGUCAAGUGUGGAACGAGGUUCAGUGUGUUCUUGCAACAGCUGUGGCUGGUUAUGAUAGCGGUGGACUACUGGGAGCAUCAGUCUAUUCACUGGUAGCAACAGUCAAUCUGGCUCAUAAGCUUGGGAAAGUCAAUCCAGAUGGAAAGGCAAAAAACAACUAAAUGUUAGGUCAAUGUGUACUUGUAUUUGUAGUCAAUCUACUUUUGUCUUAGUCAUGAUGAGUGUUGCAAUGUGCUGAUCGUUAAAUUGUAGACUGCUGGGUUUGUAAAAGAUAGGUUUUGUUUUGGAAGGAGCAAUAAUAAUUUUGUCUAAAUGUUUG